ACCAACAGGCUACAGAUAUGACGCAACCCUAAUAAUCCAUGGCAACUUGUCGAGCACGCCACGACGUAGACGACUGUACGAUACGAAGGAAAAGCGCCCGUCCCCCAAGAGGCAUCCCGGCGAGCGGCGGCGGCUCGGCCCCCAAAAGAUAGACCAAACCUAACCGAGAGAACAUGAGCAUCUUUAUCAGGAAACUGCGCCCCUCCCUGUCCGGGCUACUCCGGUCCAAGCCGGCCGUCCCAACGCCUGUUGCACCACCACCAACCGCCCGGCGCUACUACCAUGCGCCAUGCACGCGGCGAUCUCACGAUGCCCUGCAAUCAUCUGGCCGAGGCGUACUCUUCCGCCCCAACCCUGUCCUCGGCCGUCGACCACCGCCGUCACAGCUAGCGAUCCCGCGCUACUACUCCUACAGGCGAAAAAGAAGUUCCGCCGACGAGGCCGCCAGAACAGUCAUGGCGGUAGUCAUGCUCGUCGGAGGGGUGGUCAUCACGAUCCGCGACGGCACCAUUGAGACCGUGCCCUACACCAACCGCCACCACUUGGUCGUCAUCUCGUCCGAGGAAGAGCGCAACCUCGGCGAGGCGCAGUUUGCCCGCCUCAAGAAGGAGCUGGGCAAGAAAGUCCUCCCCACGUCCCACUCGGAUACCAUCCGCGUCACCGGCAUCUCCACCAAGAUAAUCAGCGCUGCCCGCCGCGGCCUCGGCAGCGAUGACAAUGAUAAGCUACUUGACGAAGCAAUUUGGAGCUCCAAUGCAGCGCAGAAGAAGAAGAAGAAGAAGCCAAGGAAGGUUUGGGGAGCGCAGCCGAUGACGAAGCAUCUCGACGAGCUCAAGUGGGAGGUGAUCGUCGUCGACGAUAAGCCGGUGAAUGCAAUGUGCUUGCCCGGUGGCAAGAUCGUAGUCUACACUGGGUUGCUCCACCACUUCAACACUGAUGCUGAGAUCGCCACGGUGCUAGGGCACGAGAUUGCGCACGUUAUUGCAAGGCACAUUGCCGAGACGUUCACCAAGAACAUGUGGACCGCCAUUUUGCGGGCGUUAAUGACUAUCGACACUGAUGACUCAAAGAUGGUCAAUGAUCUGACCGAAUACGUCCUCACUUUGCCCUUCUCACGAAAGAUGGAGAUUGAGGCGGAUCACAUCGGAAUCCUGCUGCUCGCAGCUGCUGGUUUCGAUCCACGCAUAGCUCCUGGCUUCUACGAGAAGCUAGGAAAGAUCAGUGGGAACACAUCGGUAUUGGAACAGUACAAAAAUACUCAUCCUUCCAGCGAGAAAAGAUCGCGGCUUUUAGCGGAGCCCAAGGUCAUGGAGAAGGCGAUGGCAUUGUACAGAGAAGCAAGAGCAAGAAUAGAAGAAACUGAAUGAUUCGUCAUUUUUUUUGUCAAGACUCAAGGGUUGAUUUCUUUUACCUUCUUCUUCUGAAAAGAAGAGGAUGUCGAUUUCAGUUGAUAGUCUCUUAUUUCGGGUUGAUGUCCAUGAUUUCGUCAUUGGGUGCAGGCAAUAAAACAUG